CUCAUACCUCGCAGAGGUGCUGAGUGUGUGCAACUGGGACCGAUAAACGAGACGCUGCAAGAUGGCGAUUGCGCGACUCGUGGCUUGUUUUGUUCUGUCCACCAGUUUCGGUCACAUCCCAUCAUCACACGGGGUAAUCCUCCGAACCACAGACAAGAUUGUGUGGGCAAAUGAAUUUGAGCCCAUCGAACUGACCUGUUUAAUAGAGUCCAUCUCCACAAACAACCCGAGGAUUGAAUGGAAAAAGAUUAAGAACGGUAUCCCCAGUUAUGUGUACUUUCAAAACAGGAUAGCAGGGGACUUGGAGCACAGAGCUCAGCUCAGAGAGCCAGCCAAUAUCAUGAUCUUCAACACCACUCGGUCUGACACCGCAGAGUACCGCUGCGAGGUGGCCGCCAUCGAUGACCAAAGGGACUUUGACGAGAUUCUUAUUAGUCUUGCAGUAAGAGUGAAACCUGUUGUACCACGGUGCAGCGUGCCAGAGGCGGUCACAGUCGGAACGUCAACCGAGCUGCGAUGUCUUGAGAACGAGGGCUUCCCUGCUCCUCAGUACCGCUGGUUCCACAACAGCGAGGAGCUUCCUCAGGACCCCAAAAACAGCCCAAAGUUGGUCAACUCUUCAUAUAGCAUCAACCCUGACACGGGUGGCUUGAAAUUCCGAAGAGUGAGGAAGGAGGACGCAGGGGAGUACUACUGCCAGGCAAAGAAUGAUGCCGGACAUGCACAGUGUCCUUCACAAAUGAUGGAAGUCUAUGAUGUCGACAUCCUUGGGAUUUUCCUCAAGUCGUUUGGUGGAGUGGCGCUUUUCUUCUGUUUGGCUGCUUCCAUUUGUCAUUCCUUUAAACGUGGAUGCUUCUACAAAAAAGGCCACAAUGAAAAUAACUACAAUUGGCCAGCACAGAAUGAGAGCGUUGAAUAUGCCGAUGCAGAUGAGGGCCAUUUUCGCCACAAGUCCUCGUUCAUCAUUUGACAGCGGAGGACAAGACGAAACCAAGA